AAUUUAAUUAUGGGUCCUCCACCUAAUUAUAUUAUCACUAGAAAGUUGAUUCGUCAUUUCUUUAGAAAAUACUUACCAUAAUAACCUAUCACAAAAGGUAAUGAAGCAGAAGAUUUGGCCUAAGCUGUGGUAAUAGAGCUUUCAUUUUUAGGCAAAAUAUGGAGUUGAUCAUCCAUAAACAAAAUUAGCCUUAGAUCGUUUUGAUACUUCUGAAGCUGAGUCCAAAAAAUAUAGAGCUAAAUUGGAAGCCAUGAAAAUUUAAUAAAAAGUUAUGAGUACUUUAAAAACACCAUUUUAUCAUUAUCAUGAUAAAGGAAGAUAUAGAAAUGAUCUAUUUCCUAAAGAAUGGACCAUUUAUCAUGGUGUCAAAUGAGAUUGAUAAAUUACAAAAAUUAGUAUAUCACAUAAACCAU